AGGCGCAGAAGUCCUCUCGCUCUGUCUCCCUCUCCCACAUUCGCACACGCAACUGUUACGCACACGAGACGCACGCUGUGGACAGAGCAGAUUCCAGAUUCAGCUGCUCGUGGGGACGCACACAUAUUCUCCUCCGUGUGCUUCUGCCGCAGACCUUCCCACUUCACGACAGGCGACCUCCGUGUGCGUGCGCAAAUCACGCGCGGACCAUAGUGGCGAUCCCGGCAGCCGGACUGCACCCUCCGGGGAUCCUCUUGACUCCCACGCGCCGGGAGUCAGACAGCCCCGCUCUUACCGAAUUGAACAUUUUUUUGCGGUUGAAUGUGCUGCCGGGUCACCGACUUUGGCAUGAGACAAAUCAAAGACGUUUUUAUUUGUUUUGUGACAUGUAGUUGUCACGUUGCCCAACCGACGGUGACUGAAUACAUGCCGUGGGAUUAUUGAACUCAUCCCCGUUUAAUCCCAAAGGGAUGUGAAGCACAUUUGAGUUUCUACGAGUGGAAAGAUUGAAAAACUGACACCGGGUUAUUGCCUCGUCCAAGAUGGAUUUUGUGUGCUCGCUGCUCGGAUGGUUAUUGGCACUGUGUCAUGUGGUGCUACAUGUAAGCGGAGAAGAGGCAUCAGAGUGUAGGGGUAUCUUCGAUGCCAGCGAGGCCGGAUACAUCACCUCCCCCGGAUACCCUCUGGAAUACCCGCCUCAUCAGAACUGCCAGUGGGUCAUCACAGCUCCAGAGCCAUCGCAGCGCAUCGUCCUCAAUUUCAACCCGCACUUCGAGAUCGAAAGGCUGGAUUGCAAGUACGACUUCAUUGAGAUCCGAGACGGGACUUCUGAAAAUGCAGACGUCUUGGGUCGGCACUGCAGCAACAUCGCACCGCCGCCAAUCAUAUCAUCGGGUCCUUCCCUCCAGAUACGAUUUGUGUCUGACUACGCUCACCAAGGAGCCGGCUUCUCUCUGCGCUAUGAAAUCUUUAAAACAGGGUCAGAAUUCUGCUUCCGCAAUUUCACCAGCAGCUCCGGGAUGAUCGAGUCGCCGGGCUUCCCAGAUAAAUACCCCCAUAAUCUCGAGUGCUCAUACAUGAUCAUUGCUCCAGCCCACAUGGACAUCAGCCUCACGUUCCUUACAUUUGACCUGGAGAACGACCCCCUGUUGGUGGGAGAAGGUGACUGCAAAUACGACUGGUUGGACGUGUGGGACGGCUUGCCGCUAGUGUCGCCGCUGAUCGGACGAUACUGCGGUACAAAGAUCCCUCCAGAGAUUCAGUCAUCAUCUGGCCUGCUGUCUCUUUCGUUCCACACGGACAUGGCGGUGGCCAAAGAUGGCUUCUCUGCUCGAUACAACAUGACUCGCAAAGAAGUCAGCGACUCAUUUCACUGUAGCAUGGCGCUCGGCAUGGAGUCGGGAAAGAUCAGUGACGAGCAGAUCAGCGCCUCCACAACCUUCUACGACAACCGCUGGUUGCCACGCCAGGGUCGCCUCAACAACCCCGACAACGCCUGGACGCCCUCAGAGGACAGCAACAAAGAGUACAUCCAGGUUGACCUCCACUUCCUGAAGGUGUUGACGGGCAUUGCCACCCAGGGGGCCGUUUCCAAAGAGACACAAAAGUCUUACUACGUCACCACCUUCAAGCUGGAGGUCAGCACCAACGGGGAGGACUGGAUGAUCUAUCGGCAUGGCAAGAACCACAAGGUUUUUCACGCCAAUACAGACCCAGCCGAGGUGGUGCUCAACCGCGUACAACAGCCAGUUUUGGCGCGGUUUGUGCGUAUCCGACCACAGACGUGGCGUAACGGCAUCGCUCUGCGCUUUGAGCUCUAUGGAUGCCAGAUUACAGAUGCUCCGUGUUCCAGCCUGCAGGGCCUACUGUCCGGUCUGCUGCCCGACAACCAGAUCUCGGCCUCCUCUAGCAGGGACGUGGUCUGGAACCCCAGCACAGCCCGGUUAGUGGCCAGUCGCUCUGGCUGGUUCCCCACACCCUCACAGCCCCUUGCUGGAGAAGAGUGGCUUCAGGUGGACCUGGGUGUGCCCAAAACAGUGCGUGGAGUCAUCACCCAGGGAGCAAGGGGGGGAGAUGCAGCAAGUGGAGGAACCACAGAGAAUCGGGCUUUUGUCCGGAAAUACAAAGUUGCUUAUAGCCUCAAUGGAAAAGAAUGGAAUUUCGUCAUGGACAGAAAGACCAGCCAGUCCAAGAUUUUUGAGGGUAACACACACUAUGACACUCCAGAGCUGCGUCAUUUUGAGGAGACGGUGGCUCAGUACAUUAGACUGUACCCUGAGCGGUGGUCUCCAGCAGGGAUUGGGAUGAGAGUGGAGAUACUGGGCUGUGACCUUCCAGAAAUCACCACGCCGGCAGACACAACCACGCCCACAGUUCCGGCUCAGACCACCACUGCCACGGCAUCCACCACAGUCGCCACUCCUCCACCAGCAGAUGGCAUGUGUGACUUUGAGCACGGUCUGUGUGGAUGGACGCACGACCCCAGUGCCCCUCUCCUCUGGUCCAUGCACAGCCAUGAGCUCAACAGUCAUCUGUAUAUCGAAGCCAGCCCAAAGAGAGAGCAGCAGCGAGCCCGCCUCCUGAGCCCCAUGGUGGCGGCUGAGACCGGGCCUGUCUGCCUCCUCUUUUCCUACCAAAUGUGGGGGGAGGCCCAGGGGCACCUCAGAGUCCUGCUGCGGGACGUCCACAAUGAGGAAACCCUCCUGUGGACUCUGAAAGAUGACCAGGGUCCAGUCUGGAAGGAGGGCCGCACUAUCCUGCCUCGUUCACCGAAAGACUACCAGGUUGUGAUGGAGGGCUCCUUUGCGCACGGCCCAAGAGGACAUGUCUGGAUUGACAACAUCCACAUGAGCUCCAGCACGCCACUGGAGGAGUGCACACAACCCAUCAACGCCUUCUCUCCAGAUAUGACCGGGGGGGGUAUUCCUGUGCCUCCCUUCCCCAUCCACUGGUAUUACAUUAUGGCUGUUGGGGCCACCCUCCUCGUCCUGGCUGUGGCCAUCUUGGUCAGAGCUCUUUGUUGCUGCAGACGACACCUGGCCACCAAGAAGAGCCAACAAUCGGUGGCCUAUCACAGCUCUUCGCAAUGUUUCCAGUACUCAAACUGGUCCUCCAGUAUGGCCGCCCCAGGGGUGGAGCCUGUGCUGACAGUGAGGUUGGACAGCCGGGACCGACACCGCACCCUCUGCUGAAAUGAGCCGCUUGGCUCGGUUGUUUUUCUGUGCAGGAUGCUUACACGUGAUGUUGAUGUCACAAAGCCACUCAACAAAUGUAUCAGUUUACAGCUGCACGGGUGAUGAUGGAAGACUUCAAAAACAAAUGGAUGUACUCUCCACUGAAUGUUGCUUUGGUUGCUUGUUUUCCUCAUUGUUUCAUUGAGGAAUAUGAUAUUGACAUACGUCACACUAUGACCCGUUGAUCCCGAUGGCAUGGCUGGAGUGGAGGACUUAUUUAUCUGAACAGCUUGUUAGGGCCCAUUGAAUGCUGUCUUGCCCCUCAGGCCCCAAACGUCCUCUUGGAACUCCCCCAGCAUGGACUUCCACACAGACAUGUGGGCUGGGUUUUGCCAGCCAACAAUGCCAACCCACCAGCUAAAACAAGACCCCUGAGACACCAGGAUGAAUCUGGAUGGAGAAAUGAAUGCUGCUUUUGUUUGGACUUUGGCCUGUUGUAGUGGUGGCGGUGGGAGGGAGGGGAUCCAUUGUCAUUUCCAACCAAGCAUGUGCACAUAUAAGAAAUAACGAAACUCUUCUGAAAAGGCGUCAGUCAGUGAUGGACGCAGCCAUCGUCAGCACUACGUUUUUAUGCUCUUAUUGUCUUUCAUAAUAAAGCACGUCGCUCCUCUCCCAUUUAAGCAUCGCACCACCCACUUGCGUUGUUCUCUCCGCAUCUUUAGAGCCGCACGCGCAGAGUUAAUUUGUGGGUGUAAAUAGAUACAGCUGUCUACUAUCAUCCCUUGCUUAUGUUUGCGCCUACAAAUCCAAGAGUGUCAUUAAAUCAGCUGCAGUGUAUUGGUGUCUACGUAAAGACUGACCAAGGCACCAUGAAAUCCAAGAACAGCAUGAAGCAUUGCUGAUAUUCUUCUCUUUAUGGGCAGUGUUCAACGGGAAACCAGAAAUUAUGAUUCCCACAGAAAUUGUAUGUGAAUGCUUAGAGAUGUUGUCUCCCAAAACUAAUUAUUACAUCACAGCAUAUUAAAGCUUUUCCCACAUACCAUGAAAAUAUGCCCCACAGUGGCUAUGAGCACUACUGUAUAGGCAUGACAUCACAUCAAUCUGAAUCACUGACGAGCCUAAAAAGUUUCUGUCACGGCCAUAUUAUUGCUAGGACAUUGUCUUUUUGUUGUUGUUGUUAAUCCAUGACUCUGUGUUUGAUUCUCUUUCAGAAAACAAAAAAAUGAAUACUUCUGAACCAAUUUAGUUUUUUCCCGAACCAGACAUGCUUUUUGUUCGUAAUCCUUGAGUUUGAACCCACUGAGCUUUUGAACCGCUACUACCCACAGUUAAAGCAAGCAAAAGAAUGCAAAGAAUGUUUUUAUUUACAACAGUAUUACUGUGAAAGCUUGUCUCUUAGCAGUCACAUAUAAUCACUCCAAACUGAAGAAUACAAACUGAUGCUAAGUUUCUUUUUAUCUUUUUAAACUGAACUGCACAUCGCAUGCCACUCUGCAGGACGCAUGUUGCCACUUUUAGUUGCGGCACUUUUCUCUCCUGAGUGGUUUUGGCUGAUGCUGUGCUUUUAAAUCAUCGGGAGGAUGAGGAGGGACUGGACACCUGGCUUGACACUGUUCUGCUUCAAGCCUCCAAUACGCGUAAUUAGUUAAUGGAGAGAUAACAUUUAUUAAGGCUGCGCAAUGCACUUUUCCGUCCCUCUACUGCACUUACGCCAUCCUCUAGCCUGCCAAGUUCAGUUGCCUUGGAAACAUUUCUAAUAACGCCAUUGGUCAUCGCAGCCCUUCAGAUCGAGACAUGUGCCUUGCCAAGCAGUUACUCCCAUUCCUGUACGCAUGCCAACCGCAGCGAAUGCACAACACAUACACACACACACUUUCACAAAAAGUCUUCACUCACUUAAUACGCAGCUCUUAAAGGUAAUAGUUUUGUUUUUAAAGUAGACUUUGUUUUCUGAUGACACGUUUGCAUCUUUAUUCACACAGAAUGAACAGUCUUAUAACAUCAUCAUGCUACAUCUUGACUGUGUUUUUGACAGCAAUGUAUCAUAAUGAUCUUUCUCUAAUUAAUAAAGUCAUAUUUUUAUACAAUUUCAAGAGCUGCCCAUCAUUACAUUUCUCUAAACACGUUGGUGCACUUUUUUGUUCUGCGAAACAAUAUUUACACUCCAUAUACACAAAUGUCAAAUUUCCAUAUGGAGUGUAUUGCACAAUGUCCCCAUGAUAUUACAGAUGGAGAAAGUGAAAGUGGAAGAAAAUAAUAUGGAGUUGUACUUCCUCACACCUAUAAAAGCUUCUGAUCUGCUUGGAAAACUUUCUACAUGAUGUUGGAGUCUGUUUGUUGUUGUUGUUGUUGUUGUUUGUUUGUUUAUUUAUCCAGAAGAGCAUUUGUGUGGACAGAGAUCACUGAUGUUGGCUCAUCAUCUCUGUUUUACUUGAUUUAGUUGAUUAGGUUCAGGUCAGGGCUCAGAAGUUCUUCCACAGCAAACACACCAAACCAUCCAUCCAUCCAUUUUCUUUAGCGCUUGUCCAUAUUAGGGUCUUGGUUAAAGUGAAUGCUAUCGAGCUGACUUUGGAUGAGAGGGGGAGUACCCUUGACUGUGCUAUCUUAUUUUGUAAUUACAUUGCAUUCUUUUUGUCAUUUCUAUUGUGGUGAAUGACUUGUGAGACACAUUAUACAAACACACAGCACAACCAGUUGCUCCGCUAUUUCUGUCUGGCAAAAGUACUGUAUGUUGUUUCCUCAUUAGCUAUCGUCCCAUUUCACGUCACGAUGUUACUCAGCAGAUUUGGUGUUGACACGUAAGGAUUUGGACUCGCAAAUGCUGAACUGGUUUAAUGUUUAUGAUCGGCCUCACCGUUUUACUCGCAGAAGUUGGAAGGACAAUUACUAUUAAAGCACCCCACACCACAGUUUAAUCGAUAUGAGACAUCCAACAAUUUGGCCUUUGCUGACUUUGAUCGGAAGAGAGGAAAAAUGCUCAAAGGAGGCCCAAUUAUUGAUGUGUGUACCCCAAUUUAGAGUCUUAAAUGAAUCUAAAAAAAAAUGUAGAAUGUGGGAGAAAGUCAGGGUACCAAGAAAAAAAAACAUACAAGCAGAGGGACAACAUGCAUACCCCACACAGGAGGCCCUGAGCUGAGAGUCAAAUUUUGGACUUCUCGACUAUGAGUUAGAAAUGCUCAUCACUAUACCAUUGUGCUGCCCUAUACCAAAUCAAAUUGUCCAAAUUGUCUUAAAAUGGUAAACUGAAGAAUCGAGAUUCAGAGGAAGCUAAAGGGAUGAAGUACUUUUGUGCAUGUCAAAAGAUGUGCCUGGAUCAGUACAAAGGCAACAAAU